AUGCUCAGCUACGAAUGGGACGAAGGAGAAGCACUGUCGGCUCGUGGUGAUGAAUCCACAGGACUGAUCAGUGAGCGAAGAAAUCAUACCCUGCUAAGGCCAAUCUACAUGAAUGCCGUCGAAGUCGGAUACGCAUACACACAAUGUGACAAAGAUAAGCGUCUAAACGUCCGUGGGGUUACCAUAGCUCUGUGGUAUUUCAUCUCAAAAGGUCAUCAGACUGUCGCAUUGCUACCGUACUGCUUCAAAAUCUAUCCGGACAAAUCUACAUAUUGGCCAGAAUUGAUGGCACUGUUUAAAAUGAACCUAAUUGAAUUUACUCCAGGGUACGGUAGCGAAAAGUAUACAGAGGUUAAUCGCAUUCUUGCAAAUCGCGCUGCAGACACAGGAGGUUGCAUUGUCGCUCGUUCACAAAUGCACGACAUCAUCGAAGAAAGACCCACAUUGGGCGGGACUGUGGAAAAGAGACUCCUCAUGCCAUCUUUCAAUCACAAUGAUAUAAUUUUCCCAGUCGAUGGUCCACUGGGACGUUGUGGUCCUUCACUCCAGUCCACACUCGAAUGUCCGUUGGCUGAUCCUGACUGGCCGCGAUGUUCUAUACAACAGAUGGUACUACGCGAUCAACGUUACUGGCUUACAAAACUAUGUACACUUGUACCAGAUCAAGUAGCAUGGCGUUCGCUUCUUCACGCUGUGAUGUCUUUUAAACCAUCUAUUCCUCUACCAGCAGAGGAACCACCGCCCAGAUGCUCGACGCAUGCGCAUACGAAUAUAUGUCGGCCAGAAACGAAUCCUAUUGAUGCGAAAGAGUACAGCUGUUCAAGAGGAUUCAACAAGCUAUUUGGACAUGAGCAACCACUAGAACUCUAUCGAUCACAUUUGCCCGGACUUAUGUCUAGAAAAUACAAAAAAAGUCGAGAAGAUUUUCUUCCAGAGUAUCUCAGAUCAGCGGAAAACUUUCUCUUCGCUGAAGAGCACAGCACUGUUGCAGAAAAGUCUCUUCUUGAUCAGGUUAGCUCAACGUAUCCAGCAGAAUACAUCGGAUACUCAACGACUUCUGAUGCGAUUCGCGUAGUCGGGAUGCACCCUCGUGUGCGGGUGGUCGGUCGGUUGGUCGAUUUUGCUCUUGUAGAACCGGACGAAACAGAUGACGACAAGCCCGGUGAGGACAUCCUCAACUAUGCGGAAUUUGUCGAUCUACUCAAAGCGGCGAAGGCUCGUUCACAAAACGUACCUGGUGUUGAUGGGCGUGGAGAAAAUCGUACUGAUUUAUCUGAUGCUAGUGCAACCCUCCAUACCAAUUCAACAACCCUAAACAAUACGAUGGAAACUUGGGAUUACGAGAAAUGGACCAAAUCAGUUCGUGAAAUAUAUAGUGACAACGUUGCCGGAUUACUCGUCCAUGCCGAUGCUAUCUUCACAAAAAUGAAAACUGAAGAUGUCUUUGUGUAG